AUGAUUCGAGUCCUAGCGUUGUAUUCGCGCCCGAAGUUUCUUUCAACAUGUCUCAUGACUCUUUUUGGUUUGGAGGCAGCCGCUAAAUUCGGCAUAUUCAUUUAUGGGACAUGGGUACAGCACAGCAUUGUUGACUGGACUAUUCCAAUGGUAUAUGGAUUGAUCCUCAUGUUGCUCGCAGUGUAUAGAGCUGCGGAAUUCUGGAAGAUGGAAGCUGGGCUGAAAGGACUUGAGCUUGUAAAGGUUCUCAUCCGCGAUCAGAUGAUAUACUUCCUCCUUAUUCUGCUCCAACGGGUUGGAAGCCUUUCAUUCCUUUCUAUUCUGGGAAGUCGCCUGUUCUUCCAUAUGAAGGAAGCCGGGAAACUGGGGGUCAACGAGGGUACCAGCUAUCGCAUGAAAACCUUAAGCAACAUGGAAUUUGAACAACAGCUUGGAAAUGAAGGGAGCACUAGCGAUGCAGUAAUGCCUGAGGAUGUGUAA